GGGAGCGGGGAGCGGGGGCCCGCGGAGGGCCGCGCCGGCGGGAUGUACACGCUGCUGUCCGGCCUCUACAAGUACAUGUUCCGGAAGGACGAGUACUGCGUCCUGAUCCUGGGCCUGGACAACGCGGGGAAGACGACCUUCCUGGAGCAGUCGAAGACGCGGCUCAGCAGGAACUACAGGGGCGUGAGCCUGUCCAAGAUCACCACCACCGUGGGCCUCAACAUCGGCACGGUGGAUGUGGGGAAGGCCCGCCUCAUGUUCUGGGACCUGGGCGGGCAGGAGGAGCUGCAGUCUCUGUGGGACAAGUACUACGCGGAGUGCCACGGCGUCAUCUACGUCAUCGACUCCACGGACGAGGAGCGGCUGUCGGAGUCCAAGCGGGCAUUCGAGAAGAUGGUCACCAGUGAGGCACUGGACGGCGUCCCCAUCCUGGUGCUGGCCAACAAGCAGGACGUCGAGCCCUGCCUCUCCAUCCCGGACAUCAAGACGGCCUUCAGUGACUGCGCCUCCAAGAUCGGCCGCCGUGACUGUCUCACCCAGGCCUGCUCAGCCCUCACUGGCCAAGGGGUGCGCGAGGGCAUCGAGUGGAUGGUGAGGUGCGUGGUGAGGAACCUGCGCCGGCCCCCGCGGCAGAGGGACAUCACCUAGGCCAGCCCCGCCCACCGGCCCCCUGGCGGCAGAGGGUCAUCACCUAGGCCGCCCCGCCUGCGCCCCGCUGCUGUGUAUGAACCGGGCUCGGGUUUUCUCUAAGACAAACCUUUCUGUGUCCAAAGUCGUGUGGGCAUGCGGAGGCUUCUGCGGAGGGGAGUGGGGGCAACUGAGCUGGGCAGGUGUUGCUGGGGUGCCCCGGCUGCCUCCGGCCUGAAUGCAGGCCUUGCAGUGGGUAGGGUGCCUGGCCGGGAAUGGGGCCCGCGGCAGCUGUCGCCAUGGACGGCGCUUCAGUCGCCCCCGUCUCACUUGGACAGAGACCUGGUCCGCAGCUGCGAGGACCAGCCGAAGCCCCUGGUCCUGGCAGUGGCCCUAGGGGGCCCCACAUGGCUGGCCUCAACCCCAGGGAGGGAGGUGUGCCCCAGCCAGGUGUGGGGUGGCAUCUCUCCACCAUGCAGCCACUGGUGGCCACCUGGGCGUGGGGCAGGGGCUGGUGGUGCGCCUGGCCAGGCCCCAGUUUGUGCCAGCAGUGGGCACCUGUGGGCCUGGCAGAGGGAGCUCGUCCCAGGAGUCACAGUGGCCCUGGCGCCUUGGCUCUCCUCCCCAGCAUCGGGGGCUGCCUGGCAGGGGGCAGGGCCUGUCGGGCGGGGUCUUGCUCUGGCCCAGAGCUCAGGGUGAUUCUCUCCACCCCACACCCGCCUGUGGGCCCAGGGGCAGGGAUUUCUGGGAAGGGGGUGAGUCAGGGCUGGGGUGGGGCUCUAGCCCCCGGUGCUCGGCGGUGGUCCUGGGCUGGGGGGAAGGCCUGGCCCGCCCUGGGGGGAGCUACCUUUCCCAGAAAAUACCUGGGAUGCCAGGGCAGGACAGACCCUCCCCUCCUGGGAAGUCUCCUGCCUCUGGGGGUGGGUGGAACUCCCGGGGGAUCGUAACUCCCGGGGCUCCGCGUUUCCUUCAUGCACACCUUCGCCAAGCGCAGUGGACAUGGCAGAGUUUCACAGAAGGGCUUUAUAAAAAUAAAUUUUCUGACGAGCCUGUUGGAGCGUCCAUUGGAGCAGCUGGGGGCGCUGCGCUCCGGUGUAGGAAA